CCCUACACGGAGGAUUCAAUUCAAAUUAACAAAAUAAUAUCGCUACAAAAUGGGUUUCGAUUGGUCAAAAAGACCAUACACCGCGCCCUUUCUCAGGGAUAUGAUAUAUAACCCUGAACACACUAUGCCUGGACAAGGGGAUCAAGAACACGCACAUAAAGGUGAACCUAUAGGCCAGUACAAAUUCGUCAAACAUAUACCAUUCGCCAACAGGGUUUCUCAACUGCCCAUCAAAGAGUCUCAAGCUGGGCAUUUUGGAGGCAACGGAGGAUGCAGCAGUACUCUUAACAUGCAAUCUCUUGUACCAAGCUCAGCAUUUGGAAAUUUGUGCUCUACACAAAUACGAGGAUCUGAUAUAUUUUUCUUACCUAAACCAUCACAACUACUAUGCUUCGCAUUGCCUGUAUUUGUGCUAAUGCCAAACCUUACGGUAUUUGCAAGACACUGGUUUUUCUACGCCCCCAAGUAAAUAUGAAUAUAAAGGGAGUAUAUAACUGACCAUGGAAUUUAUCCCAAAAGGUAUACAA